AAAAAAAGAAAUUCCACAACCCCCAUCCAGUCGGGAAGUGGACUAGUCCAUAACUUGCGUAAGGCGACACCGUUGACCCUGAAAACAGCCUUUCUGUCAAGAUGGUGGACAACGACGAGGUUCUAAAGUACAUCGGGGGCUUCGGUACCUACCAGCGGCGACUAUGUCUCCUCCUGUCCCUCACAGCUAUCCCCUACGCCGGGCACAUGUUAGCCAUGGCUUUCCUAGGCGCCAAACCCCCGCACCAUUGCUCGGUAGCGGGGCUAGAGAAUAUAACGGUCAGGUUUGGCGAGGACGAGGGACUACGGUUGGUCUUUCCAGGGACUACAAAAGAUGGAGUGUGGACCUUGAACCCUUGCAAGAGGUACGACCUAGGUUCUGUAGAUGUGGAGGGUGCCGACCCGUGGAACACCACAGGUCUGACGGAGGUGCCGUGUGACCACGGCUGGUGGUACGACACCAGUCAGUUUAAAACGUCCGUGACCAUGGAGCACAACCUUGUUUGUGGUCGGAAAUGGAUGGGCAGUUUAGCACAGUCCAUUUUCAUGGUGGGGGUCUUAUUGGGUGCCGUCAUUUUUGGCGACCUCUCUGACAGGUUCGGAAGAAAAAAGGUCUACUUUCUUUCCCUCUUCAUCAUGUUGGUGUUCGGCGUAGCAACGGCCUUCGCACAUAACUACUGGCUCUUCGUAUUCCUCCGCAUGAUCAUUGGGGCAACAAACUCGGGAGUGUUCCUUACGGCGUUUGUUCUAGCCUCAGAACUGGUUUCCCCCGACCACCGCACACUGAUUUCCAUGUUCCUGACGAUGUUUUUCGGGAUAGGAGGUGUGACUCUAGCGCUGGUGGCCUAUCUCAUCCGGUACUGGGAGUGGCUUCAGCUGGCCAUUUCACUCCCCAAUGUCCUCUUUAUUAUGGUCUACUGGUGGGUUAUCAAUGAGUCCCCUCGAUGGCUCCUAGCUAACAACCAGAAGGUCAGGGCGGUGGAGAUUUUCCGGAAAGUUGCAGACGUCAACAAGAAGGCCAUCCCAGAAGGACUGUUUGAAGAGGAUGAAGAAACAGAUGCCGUCAAAACAAACGGACAACCCAAGUCGCGCCAUAGCAUACUGGACUUGGUGAGAACACCCAACGUUCGGAGGAAAUCUCUCAUCAUGUUUUAUGCGUGGUUCGUCGCAGGGUUUGUUUUCUACGGAUUGUCGCUGAAUGCCACGAACCUGGCCGGAAACCCGUACCUCAACUUCUUCGUCUCCUGUGCUGUUGAAAUCCCCGCCUACAUCCUCGCAAAGCUUUCUAUGGAUAGGAUUGGACGGCGAUGGUCUCUUCUUGCCUUUCUGUUGGUUGCUGGCUUGGCGAUGUUGUGUAUCAUGUUCAUCCCAACUGCGUAUUCCACGGCGAUCACCGUGCUUGCGGUCAUUGGAAAGUUCGGAGCCGCUGGUUGUUUUGGAACCAUCUACGUGUUCGCUACAGAGAUCUUCCCGACCGUAGUCAGGAAUGUGGGUGUCGGGGCGUCCUCCAUGUGUGCCCGUAUCGGGGCCAUCGUGGCGCCCUUCGUCUUCCUACUGCACGACGUCUGGUCACCCCUCCCUUACAUCACUUCCGGGGGCGUGGCCCUGGUGGCUGCCGGUCUGGUGCUGCUACUUCCGGAGACCCUCGGUACCAAGCUGCCUCAGAGUCUGGAAGAGUCCGAGAAUUUCAACAGGAAAACAGCUCAGACGACCACCUCAGAGAAACCGAACGACGAGACUGACAAGACAGCCGAAACAAAAGUGUGAUCUGGUUCAACUUAACUUUGAUCUACGCCACGGGAUCUAGAUCUCACUUCAGGAAUGUUUCUACAGUGUACCCUCUUGGUCAAGUGAGGGUGCAAAUUUCGCCAUGAUGUUACAGGUACUUGAAACAACACAAAACGCAGAUGAUUUACCGACUUUUCAGCCGGAUCCAUCUUUAGGAUAUUGACCCGCAGUGAUCUCAUGGAGUGUGCGGUCAAGGUUAGGUCAGAUGUGCCUGGAAGUCUAUAUCUACCCCCGUCCCAUUUUUGCCUAACAAGCCGUAAGGCAACACCGAAACGUGACCAGUUAAAGAUUUUUUGUUCACCUGAUUGGCUACUCUUAAUAGCUAAUUAGGGCUUAUAUAUCAGGGCUAUAUUAGCUACUAAUUACACUAAUUACUCGUGUCAAAGGUCACUGCCGUUGUACACAUUUAUAUUUAUAAUUUUCAUACUCUUGAAAAUAUCAGCUUUACAACUACGGCAAAUGAGAAAACCACCAAAUGCCAUUUUGGGAGGCACAUGUUGUUUUGGGAGGCACAUAUUGCCAUGUGCUGUUUUGACCUUCUGAUCACAUUUUGGUGACGUGACCAAAGUAGAAAAUCUUGAAAUAAAUUCUAUUUUAUUUUUCGUAGCAUCAACUACGUUUAGGUUGAAUUAGGUAGAAGUCACUAGCCUUGCAUAUCAUAGACACCUGCAAAUGUUUUGUUAGUCUCUGUAUUGAUAUAUUAUUAAAUACAUGUAUGAAAUUUCAUUUUUUUUAU